AAUAUAUUAAUUGGGGGAUGGAGGGGCCGAGUGGACUAAGGCGUCGGCUGCGACGCAGCCUACCCGAGUUUGAUACCUUGGCCGCGGGCGGCAUUUUUCUUCGGGCAAGUCACUGUGUCCGGAGAACAAGUGCCGCCAUCCUCCCAUCCGGGGCACUGCAGAAACCUACGGGUGCCCCAUUAGAAAUUCUUCCAAAAUACAACACACACGUGUACCAACCUACCCAAUUUAAAAGCCUACAGUGCCCUCCCCCAUACCCAAUGGCCUAUGUUGGUUACCCCCCAAAAAAAAAUAUAUUAUUUAUAUGACGUGUAGCCUAUAAUAUAAUCAAGUUAUGUGUAUGCACAGGAAAUUAUUACAAGUUGUAUAAUAAAACAGCCUUAAAUCACAUUUAAUAUUAAGGUCUAACAGAUAACCGUUAACAAAUAAAUAAAUAAAUAAAUAAAUAAAUAACGAACUGCUAAAUAAAGUAGCGAUGGUGAAAAGAACUGAUUAGAUAGUAAUGACAUAUAAUUAAAUGUUUAAAAUAAAUUGAUACAAUGGUAUUUUAGAUGAUUAGGAAAUAGAUUAGUAAGGGUUUAAUUUAUCUAAAACCGUCUUAAGUAACUUAAUUAAUGGAUGUUUACAAUUUGUUUUAACAUUAUAUUAUAAUACAUUAAUUAUAUUUGUAGCUCAUAUAAUUAAGUUUAAAAAUAAGUAGUUAAUCAUCAAUUUUACUUUGCCACCUAUCUACGAACUUUGAUCAUUGAUCAAUCAUGUGAUCGCAACAGUUUAAGGUACAUAAUAACAAACCCACUAUAAUAUAUUAUAUUAGCAUCAUGUGAUAGUAGCUAAGAUUUGUAGAAAACCCGACAUUAUGGGUUUAGAACUCUAGUGUUGUAAAGUUGUAUUGGUAGGCCUCGUCUCUUAUACAUAGUGUUACAUGAUUUAUGAUUAAGUAAUAAAUAAAUUAAGUUCUCCACAGUUAUUGUCAGUGGCUUGAUAAAAGUACAUUUUAUUAUUAUAGUACAUUUUGCUAUACAUACAUGUUAGACAAUUUAUAGUAAAAUAUUGUUUAGUAUAAUAGAGGCUAGGAUUUGACAUAACUUAUUUUAAACAUUUAUUUGAUUAUAUCUUCUAAAUAUAUUUGCUUUAGUCUAAGAUCAUCAUUGACAAUGGAGGUGAUGUAUUCCUGGAUAAUAUAUUCAUGGUUGAUUUUCGGAACAGGCGUUCAGUGUGACAGAAAACUCGAAAGAAGACCAGCUGUAUCAUCUUGCUCAGAAAACACUGAUGAUAAUUUCAAUUGUUCAAAUGGACGGUGUAUCGAAUGGCUGUUGGUUUGUGAUGGUCACAAGGAUUGUUCAGAUGGUUCAGAUGAGACCAAAGAGUUGUGUGCUAUAUACGAGUUUGGAACAAAUAUGACCAUGGAUUGUGGUAGAGUAAAUAUAAAAAGUCAAAACAUAUCCGAAGAAUCAUUAAUUGCACUAGCACCUUGGACAGUUUCUAUACAUCGAUUGAGUACAGAAUCCAUGAUUGAACAUAUUUGUGAUGGAUCUAUUAUUGCUCCAAAUAUAGUAAUUUCUGAGGGUUCUAAGUUUUGGUAUCUAGGUAUAACAUCCAAGCAAACACCAAUAAACGAUGGUCGAUACAAAAUUGGUAAGAAAAUAAAGUAUUUUGACGAGCAUACACAUUUAAUCAAUGUAACAAUGAUUUAUUUGACUAGAGAUUUUAAUCCUAGUGCUGAAAGUGAUGGGUUCAAAAAUGUAAAUAUAAUAGUUUUUGUGUUGGCCAACAAAGUUUCUUUUAUUAAUGGAUUUGCACCGAUUUGUAUCGAUUGGUUUAGUAAAUAUGAUCUACGAAAGAAAGCUCAAAUGAGGACUAUUGGUAGAAAAGACCAGAAAAUUAUAGUGAUACAAGGAUUUUUUCCAUACACUGAUAACAGUUCUUGUAUAGGAAGUGUUGAUCAUUUAUCAAAUACGAUGGUGAUUUAUGAUAAGAUUUGUAUCAGAUUGGAUAAGGAACUAGGUAUAAAUGAUGGACUACCAGGAGCAGGCUUAGGUAUUUUAUACUCUUCUACUUAUUUUUUAACCGGGGUAUUGACUGUAUGGACUCAAACCGAUAAAAAGGUUUUAGAAACCAUAAUUUUUACAGACAUACAAUACUAUAUACCAUGGAUACGUGGAAUUUUAAACAAACAUAUUUUUUUACAGGUCACAGUAAAUUCUUGCGUUUUACCGACUAGUGAAGGAGUUUUAUAUUCUUAUGAAGCUUCUAAUGAAAUAUUAUCUCAUGGGACAUUAAUUGAUCGUCACCUUUAUGUUAUUGAGAAUUGUGAUGUUGGAUACCGUAAGGCUCAUCCCAUUGGUUUUAGAAUUUGUAUGGGAAAAGGAAAAUGGUUUUCAACUUCUCGUAAACUGUGUUUCAAUUGCGGUAAAAUGUAUAACAUAAACAAUGGAAUGAUUAACGAUGGUGAAACAGCACUUAAUGGAAUGGCUCCUUGGAAUGUUGGAGUUUAUCGAUUUAAUAUACGAAAGUCCAAUUAUGACUUGAUUUGUGGAGGAUCUAUUAUUUCACCAAAUUUAGUCGUUUCUGCGGCUCAUUGUUUUUGGAAAAAAGGUAUAUCAUCUAAUAAAAUAUCAGUGAACGAUGGUCUGUACAAAAUUGCUGUUGGAAAAUAUUCUAGAAACUUCACAAUUAUUGAUAAUGAAUUUACUAAAAUAAUGAAUGUGGAAAUUGUUUAUCUGAAUGAACAUUAUUAUGGAGCUUCCGGGUAUUAUGCUGAUGAUAUAGCUAUUAUUAUGUUAAAAACCCGAAUUUCUUUCAGUAUUGGCGUUACACCUGUUUGUGUCAAUUGGAGUGGUAUAAAUACUAUAACAAAUGGAGAUGAAGGAAAGAUCGUUGGUUGGGGAAAAACGGAAAAAGGCAUUGAAAGUCCUAUUUUACAGGAGGCAUCUUUACUGUACAUUGACCAUAGUUCUUGCCGGAAAAUGUAUACGAAUGGAUUUGAAAGAUUUGUGACUGUUGAUAAGUUUUGUGCCGGUUCUGCAAUGGGAGGAGGAGUUCUUCAAGGGGAUAGCGGUGCAGGUUUAAGUUUUUUAUACUCUAAUUCUUAUUAUUUAACCGGAGUAGCGAGUAUCAAGGAUCAAGAAUCAAAUGAUUCAGUCGCAGUUUUUACAGAAAUCAAGCACCAUAUUAAAUGGAUUCGUAGUGUGUAUAACAAAUAUAACUAAGUCCAAUAUAAUUAUGAUAAUGUUAUUAAAAUAAUUUAAUUCAAUUGUAAUCAAUAUUUGUAUAAAUAGUAUUGUGUGUAACAAUUUUUCAUAUUUCAUUCUAUUAUAAAGUAAUUAUAAUGUACGUAUUUUAUAAUACAUAAUAUUAUGUACCUAGUACCAAAGCAUUAUAAAUAUUGUAAUUGACAUGUAUUAAAUUCAAACAGUUUUUAGGAUAUACCAAU